AUGCUCGGGGACUGCACAGAUUUUGGCUGCGCAGUUUCUGACAGCGGAGGUACUGAACGGAAGACUAUGAACAAAAUGUAUGUCAUCCAUUUUGGUCCUAUUUGACGGAGGAGUGUGGGUUCCAGGCACGGCGAAGGACAGUGCAGAUGGGUCUGCCGAGUCGCCGCAGCUGAAAAGGAGGCGCAUGCUGCAGUGCAACCAUGACGACCCUGUUGAGAUCAUUUGCGCCGGCCCUUCUUCAGAGUUCUUAAAUCCCAAGGUGGGUCAACGAGAUGCGAAGUCGUCAGUCAGUCUCUGGGUGAUGCCAAUCUGUGAAUAUCUUACCUCACAAAAAAGAUGCCUUUUCGUGAUCGUGUAGACCGGAGAAGAGGCAACGAUGGGAGAAGAUAAAACGAGAGAGGAGGAGCAGUGGGACACUGAAUUAUUGGGUUCGUCUGCUUGCCGCCUCCUUCCAGUGAAGCUGACAUACGCUCCUUCCAUUAAAUUCAGAGGUAUCAAAGAUACUCAUAUACCGCCCCUUUAUUUUUACACUCUAACCCCGAUUUAUUACUUACAUCACGUGUUGAUCAGGGAGGCCAUCAUACACGAAGUUCCCAACAACGACGGCUUCUACCGUCGCUUAUCCCUUCACGCUGAUUAAGCCAUGCGGUGCCCGAGGGGAGGUAACUUUGGAAGAAAUAAACCAAAUACUUCGUACAGUAAGAAGGCCUUAAUGAAAGGGUCUCUAUAUCAUGUGAAUUUCAUUAGACAUCUCUGAAGUAAAUUUCAAAUUAUGUUUGAGCAUUGUGGAGGAUCUCACUUCUAUUCUCUUAAUGAAAAAUUAAAGAGUACUUAUGGAAGUCUCAUGUUAAAAUUAAUUAUAUUUUAUCUUUUGAUCAAUUUAGCUAACUUUAUGUACUUAAGUUGAUUAUUACUAUACUAUUUAAUGAUAGAGCUUAAGAAGUUCCUCACCUGCCCAUAGGUUAUUUCCCGCCCUCUGCAUGCGGCUGGCUCUAACAGAGACGCAGAGAGAGAGAGAGAGAGAGAGAGAGAGAGAGAGAGAGAGAGAGAGAGAGAGAGAGAGAGAGAGAGAGCGAGCGAGAGAGGCAGGGCCGUGCUUCGUCCCCUGUUCCUCUCCGGCGGCAGGCCAUUGGCGGGAGCGGGGCUGCACUGCGCGCGAGGUUCCCCUCGUUUUUCCUUGGGGGGUCGAGGCGAGAAGAUGGACUUGGAAGAAUGUGACGCGCGAUUGACGCCCAGGUCUGUAGAUCGGGUUAUCUAGGGAGUUUUCUGUGUCAGAGUGCUCUGCAAUGAUCUCUGUUGUUCGUACCUGUUGGGUUCCGCGGUUCAUCCGUUCAUCAAUUAGUCCGAGUUUUUUUCUAUUAGAAUUUGAGUCGUGGUCGGUGGACCGCAUUGAGUGCGCUCCGAGGAUUUCGUUUCUCGUUUCGCUGUCUGCUUCCCCCAACGGCAUUCGGCUCUCUUCUCUUCGCGCUAGUCUAAGCAGAUCUGCAGUGACCUUAGAACCAUCCACCGAGGUCGCUAGUCCAUCAACGGCAUUAAUUAAUAACUUAUUUUAAAUCCUAACUCAUGAUAAAUAAACGUAUACUCAUAUUAAAUUAUGAAAAAUAAUUGUAGUUAUAUAAUUUUUGACAAAAGAGGGAUAACUCUGAGGUAGCUAAGAUAGAACUUUGCAAACUUCAUAGAACAACAUAACUCUCGAUAUGAUAAAUUUUCACAAGAAAAUACAUAAUGUUAGCACUGCCAUUGACAGCAGAGGCAUUGUCAUGCAUGCACAUCGGCUCCAUGCUCUCACAGAGCAACCCAUCUACUCGCGGCGGCAUCAAGUCAAUGGAAGAGAGGCGAGAAUCACCGCACGAGUCGUCAGCGCACGUUUACGCAUGGGCACGCACGCCGGCACGGGCAUGGACAGUAACUAGUAGGGAAGACCCCGCCAUCCCCCCGAGAAGGGUACGCUAACAGGACAAGGCACGGUAGGCUUGUUGCCAGCCGCACCCAUUUCCAUCGCCCGCCGCACACUGAUAUAAUGCACACUCUCGUACUCUUCUUGCACAUAUACCGGGAUCUAAUUUUUUAUCAUUCUCUUGCAUAUACAGAGAGAGAGAGAGAGAGAGAGAGAGAGAGAGAGAGAGGCGGAAGGAGACAAGGGGAAAGGGCGGAGUCUGAGAAUCACAAGUGCUUCGAGUCUCGAGACUGAGAGGUCGUGCCCUGUUAGCACUCAUGCAAUGUAAAGUUUAGUCCGCAAGGCGGCCUUAUAGCAGGUGCAAACAAUUUUGCCGAACGUCAUUGGUAUUUCAUUCAGAAAAGUUAACCGAUGUUAACUUAUAGCGCUCGCUCUCUCUCUCUCUCUCUCUCUCUCUGCGUCUCUGUUAGAGCCAGCCGCAUGCAGAGGGCGGGAAAUAACAUAUGGGCAGGUGAGGAAAGCCGCAGGUGGUUGCACAGGCAACGGAGGAGGAAAGCCGGCAACAAGCAGGAAGUCAACGGCUGGGUACAACCGUAGAUCUUGAAAGAGCCCCCCGCUCCCUUAAACCCCCGGGGGGGUGAGAAAUAGUCCCCUCUCUCUGCAUGUGGGGAUCUCUGCGUAUAUAAAAUUCAUAUCGGGUUCUGCUGUAUGAAGCGGAGCGGUUAGUUCGGUACUAGAAGGUAUGAAGACCUCCGGACGCUCGCGUGAAGGGCUGGCUGGGCCUACCACGUCAACAGUUCCCAGAAUCGAGGAGAUUCCCUUCUCAAAAGCAAAAUGGGACCCACCUCGUACAUAUAUUUAUAUAUAACAUCCUCGUUGACCAAAUGCCUGGUACGUAUAUUAAAGGUAUGAUCGUUAUUGAAGCUGGCUUUCGACUUCACCCUCAUCUUGAUAUGUGGCGAGUCCUUACCUAUUUAAGAAAAAAAGGUAUUAUUAUUGGACACGUGAUUGCUGGGACAACCCCCUGAGUUGGGCUUGGUGGGCCUGACUUGUGGUAUGAGUUGACUGUUGACUCGGCAAAAAUGGUUGACCAUUGACACUAUUCUACUGUUUGUUGACUGCUGACAAGGCUGAAUGGGUUGAUUCUGUGGGCUGGCUCGAACCAGUUGUGCGGCUCGUGCGGCUCGUGCGGACCAGGUGACCCGGGAGAAACCUGACCAGUGGGAGGAGCCGGUUUGAACCGGGGGCCCGAGAUGGUCGGGAUAGGGACGCAGUUGGGCACGGACCAGGAGGUCAUGCCGGUUGGGCUCCGAUGGCUAAGGUGGCUGGGCCGGCGGGUCAGGUGCGCUUGGUCAGGUGGUCCUGCUUGCUGUGUCAAACAUACGGACUGGGCCGGCGGGUCAGGUAGGUGGGUUGGGUGGUCGUGUUGGCCCUGGUGCGUGAGACGGUGGCACUAGAGGGGGACGGCGACGAUGAGGCGGCUCAUCAGGGGUGAAGCGGAGGGGACGAGAAGGGCUGCGGCGCCCGGAGGGAUGCACGACGGAGGGCCGUAGAGCCGCAUGUUCCGACCGAGUGUGGCAGUCGUUCUCGCGACCAGCCACUUGACCGGGGGCGGGGGUGAUCCUCGCGACCAGCCCCUUGACCGGGGGCGACGGUGGUCCUCGCGACCAAACCCUAAACACGAAUCUAUGAAUACAGUAUGCUCACUUGAUGUUGCACUUUACGGAGUCUAUGGUUGAAGCCUUCUUAGAAGUUCCACAUCACGGAGAGAGUAAAUGAAAGUGAAUUUGGAUUAGGUCGAAGAAAUAUUAAAAUCAGAUGACAAAAUAUGACAGCACCUGAUGAUAACGUCAUUUAAUGAAACCUCUUAGAGAAGUGAUGAUUGUGAUACACAACUAGUUUAUGACUACAAUCAAAACCAACAGGAAAUCUCAAGUCUCGUGACAAGAAAAAUAUUUGCUAGGAUAGAUUUCAUGUAAUGACGUCAAUAGUAAUAAAACUUGCAAUUUCAACUUUUUAAAUGGAUUCUCAUGGAUUUCUUUUUGAAACCCAUUAAAUUUACCUCAUUGGAUGCCCUCUCCUUUGAUGAACAAUGUAUAUUUCCAAGUGAUUAGAGAGCUGGAAGAAACUCCUUGGACUAUAUUAUUAAAUAGUAUAGUAACAAUGAACUUCAGUACAUAUAGUUGAAUAAAUUCAUCAAAAUAUAAAACAUGAUUAAUUUUAACAUUAGAAAUACAUAAGUUUCUUCAAAUUUUUGUUUUAUAGAGCAAUAGAAGCGAGGUCCUCCACAAUGUUCCAACAUAAUUUGGAUUUCUUUUUAGAGAUGUUUGAUGAAGUUGAAAUGAUAUAUAGAGAGAACAACAUUCAAUAACAAUGUAUCAAAUGCAUUUUUAGUCAAAAGGAGUAUGCCAACAUACUUGUUGUGUCAAGUAUGCUUCUUCAUUGACAAUAGAGAUUAAAAUAUGUAGUUACCUUAGUGAUACACUAAUACAUUAAAUUUCAUAUAGAUAGAAAGUUUGAAUCUAGGACACCAGUAAAUGUCAAUUUAAAUCGCUUUAUAUUAUAAAGGAAUAGUAAUAGUCUCAUUAGUUUUAUUAGAUUUUUAAUUACUAUAUGAGUUGAAAAAUAGCUAUGUGGUAUUCAAUUAGACUAGAAUUACAAAAUCUUUAAUAUGUGUAGUGAGUGCUUUUAGAUCAACUUGAGAUUCUAAACAAAAUCUUUCAAAGGUCGUCUAUGCUUUUGCCUUUGGGAGACAUGUUUGGGCAUUGUCUUCUACGGCCCUCUCGGGUUUUCAAGUAUUGUGAAGAUGAUUUUCUGUAUUUUUACUGUGAAACUCCUCGGAGCACCGGCUUUUGGGUGGUGGUGGGUUCUGAGCACAUGCUAAAAUGAUGUGUGAGGAACCAUGCAAUUUUGGUGGAUCUGACGCACGUCGAAAGUUGGGAUCUCCUUCAAAGACCACUGACUCACAGUCGAUGGGCUAGCUUGAAAUGGGUUUAUGAUGGAGUUUUACGUAUAUUUUUAUUUUUUGCUCCCAGCAUUUUACAUUACUCUAAAGAUGAUAUCUCUUGUUUUUUUCUUCCGUACUGGCCAAACUUUCAUCUCCAUAAAACUUAUUACUUUCACUCUCCAUAGAAAAAGGCACAAGAAGAAAGAAAACUAGAAGGUGCGACAAUCAGGGCCUUCUUCUUCUCCCCAUUUCUCCCUCUCGUCUCUUUUUCUCCAUCUAUCUUAUCUAGUACAUGCCGAGGUACAGUACCUCUAUUCAUUUUGUUCAUAUUCUUCUGUUCAGUACCUUCGUUGUCAGAAUCUGUGCAACCAAAAUCUGUACAGUCCUCGGAGAUGCAUAACAUCCUCGUUGAUCGUUCAUCCCCUCUAGCAGCUAGUAUCUAUGGGAUACUGAUAAGUUUUCAUUAUCAUGAGUUAAUAAUUAGUAAAUAAUAUAGUUUUAGCCUUAACUCAUGAUAAAUAGACUUAUAUUUGUGUUAAAGUAUGAAAAGUGGUUUUCAAUUAAUAACGUGAAUUUUUGAGUAAUUAUGUUAUUUUAUACAAAUUUAUAUGAUUUUUACAAUCUUACUUUUGAGAUAAAUGAAGAAAAAGAAAUAAAAAUAAAAAUAUAACAAAAUGAGGAGGGACCCGCUGGCCAGCCAAGCCCGUAAGUGGGUCGGAAGUGCAAUUAGGGCGGAGCCGCAAGCAGGGGCUCGAGCGAUUACGACCGAUAGAGGCACGUGUGCGUCACUCUCCAUCCACGUCACCGGUGGGUAGCCGGUUGUGGGCCAAGGAGUGGUCGUACACGCAAGAGAAAGGGACUUGAUUGAAAAUAUAAUAUUACUAUAUAUUCGCCCGAAACUUCGGCGUACAAAUGAUGUGAGACUAAACCCACGUCACACCUUCCCCAUAAAGGGUUCGAUGAUUUUAAUACCUAAAAUAUCCCUUAUUUAUAAUAGAGAUAUACUAUAAUGACGUCAUUUGAUAAGGGCAUUAGAGUAUUUAUGUCAAUCUCUCUUAUGCAAGCGGGCAACCAAUGCGGGUUCGAAUCCUCCAAGAGCCAAAACUCAUAUUUUUUAUCUGAUUAUCGCAACUUUCCUACAGAUUGCCGGUAAAGGUUUAUGCUGCUAGAAUUGCUAGAUUAUCAGUGAAAAUUUCGUCAACGCGAUUUGCAGAACAUUGUUACUAAAAUUGCUGAACGAUUUGCAAUAAAAGGAUCACAAAUCCAUCGAGUAUAGCAUCUCUAAUUGAUCGACGAACAAGCCGUCGUCAGAAAGAGGACAAUCCGCCAGAAGACGAGUCGCCACCUCCUGAGAGCAUACCGGAUGCGAUAAAGAACCUCCUCUUAUUGCACGGAUCUGAGGAUGAAGCUCCCUGACACACGCCCCACCUCCGUCCAGUUCCUCUCCGUCGGGUGACAGCCGUCGGAGAGCCGCAAAGUCGUCGUUUUUCUGCUCUGCUAGGUGACAACCGUCAAAGACGAUUUGACGACCCAUUUCAUUCAUCUCUAGACUUCGUAAGGAGAUCUAGAGAUUGGCUACGUAGUCCUUAUCUAAAGAGAGCCUUCGAGAUCAUGGACACUACAUGUCAAUCCUCUCGAAUGCUCAGAAUUCUCGUGAAUCAUCGACACAUCGUCGUCGUGACGCCAGAACUCUGUUUUCUUACUUUCAACUUAAUUUUCACUUCAUUUAAUGAUAAUUUAUUGAUUUAAAAUUUACCGAGCUAUACUUCAUUCAAUUACGAUUCUUCCGGAUUUUACAGAUCUUAAUUUUAUCAAUUAAAUCGUUUGUAAUCGCUUACGUAAGAAUUGCUAGGUGGAACUCUAUUUCUGUCCGAUUGGCAUUUGUCAGGCAUUGACAUCAUCCAGACGUCCGCACCCUUAUUUCCCUUUUUCGUGAAUGUUAAAUAUUUUAAUUUUUAUUUCCUAAUAUGAAAUUCAUAGAAAAUAGUAUUCUUUGAAAAAAAAUUCUGAAUAAUUACCUGAUAUUAUAUUACAUCUUUGUGAUCGACCUGGAAAAUUACCGCUUUUUUUUGGAAGUUUUAUUGAAUUAUAAUUAAUAUAUUUGUUCAAAAAUACUUCUAAAUCUCUGAAAAUUCGUAUUUUCUAGUUUUAUAAAUUUUAAAUUUGUGUGAUUUACUAUACAACGACUAAGUCACGUCAUAUACCUACCUAGAGAAAGAGUCUGAAUAUUAGAAAAAAUGGGACCCACUUGAGAUAUAUAGUCCUACGUAACAUCUUCGUUGAGUAAAUGCCUGGUUAUUUCCCAUUUCUGGUCCCAAAAAUAUGCGUAGCCACUAGAUGUCGGCCCCAUUCAGAUGCCACUCACUCCCUCUCCUCAAGUCACCUGCCCAUUGACACUUGGUCAUCUCUCUCUCUGAGAUACAUUAUAUAUCUCAAAUAAUAUACCUUAUUAAUAAGUGUUCAUUAUCAUGAGUUAAUAAUUAAUUAGUAACAUAUUUUAAGCCUCAACUCAUAAAAAAGAGACUUAUAUUCGUGCCAAAUUAAAAGUAGUAGUUUCUAGUUAGUUAAUAGGAUUUUUUGGUUAAUUAUGUUAUUUUACAGUAACUUAUAUGAUUUUUAUAACUAUGUCUUUGAGAUAAAAUAAAAAUAAAUUUAAAAAGUAGAAAAAGUGGGGUGUCAUCCCAGCCAGCCGGGCCCGCACGUGGGUCGGAAGCACAGUAGGCUCUAGCGAGUAAGGAUAAGGGUCGGCUGGGGCACCGUGCGCGUCACUCCCCUUCCACGGUGGCCAGCCGAGCAUGGGGCAAGGAGUGCUCGUACACAAAUAUGCUUUAAAUAGAAAAAAACGAUCAUAGUCUUCCAUUCUAUAUGCUGAUGUAAACAUAAAAAAUAUAAAAAUUCACAAAGUUAGUUAUGUAAAGAAUCAAAGUGCACACCAGGUGGAGUGAGAAGACGAUAUUGUGUCUCCAGUCUUUCAAAUUAAUCCUAGUUUUUUUUCUAUUAGAAUUCGAGUUGUGAUCAGUGCACCGCAUUGAAUUGCGCUCCGAGGGUUUCGUUUAUGAUUUCUCUGUCUGCCUCUCCCAACCUGUUUAAAGAGACGAUGAUCCCCGUCGACUCUCUUCUCUAUUAGAUAUGCAGUGACCUUAGAACCAUCCACCGAGGUCGCGAUGACCCAGAGGCCCGUGCAGGCAGUAUGAGAACCGCGAUGAGUUCCCCCUGAUGGUUCCUCAUAAUUACAGACGGCUCUUCCCAUUGGCCUCUUAACGUAUCAUGACAAUAGACUGAUUUACUUUGGCACUUUCAAUGAUUUUCAGUGUACUCCAUGGAUGGGAAGCAGAGGAGCCCGUCUGCCAACAGAAAGGAACGGUGGGCAAUCUGAUAGCUGCAUCCUCUGUCGGAUUUAUCUUUUCUGUAAUACGAUUUUUUUCCCAAGGAAGGUUCAGACUCUUCCGUUAAAUGGGACCAAAGGAUAGAUAAUACUAUAUUCAUGCUCUUCCGUUCAAUACCUCCGCUGUCAGAACGUGGGCAACCAAAAUUAUACAGUCCUCAACCGAUGUUUGUUAACCGAGCAUGCAGAACAGCACAUCCUCGAUCUGAUUCAUCUCGUCACGCAGGUAGUGUGAGAUAUCUGCCCAGGAACUCCUCUAGAGACCCAAUAAAUGCGGGACGGGUUGAAUCCGACCGAGGAUGAGCCGUUCUCUCCGCAUGCUGCUCGGGGGACAGACACUAUCGACAGAUUUUGGCUGCUGCCCAGAUUCAGAGGGCGGAGGUUCGUCGCGAGGACCACUUCCACUCUCGGUCGGAGCAUGCGGCCCUACGGCCCUCCGUCGCGCAUCCCUCCGGGCGACGCAGCCCUUCUCGCCCCCUCCGCUUCACCCCUGAUGAGCCGCCUCAUCGUCGCCGUCCCGCUCCGGUGCCAUCGUCCCGCCUUCCAGCCGCCUCCGUCGUCGCCUUCUCCUUCCGCCACCGCUGUUCCGCCGUUCCCCGCCGCCGGUGUCGCCGCCCCCUCCUCCUGCCUCCGCCAACGACGCCUCUACCGCCACCGUUCGUUCGCCGCCGCGGCACAAAGACCAGCAUUGGUCGCGGCCGAAACGAAUUGGUUUCGGCAGGGACCCCCCCUUAAGGGGGCCACUUAUUCGGCCCAGCCCAUCUGACCGGCUCACCCACCGGGGCCACCAGGACCACCCGACCCACCUACCUAACCCGCCGGCCCAGCCCAUAUAUUUGACACAUCAAGCAGGAUAACCUGACCCAAGCCCACAUGACCCGCCGGCCCAGCCACCAGGCCCCGACCUACCCACCUGACCUAGCCCACCUGACCAGCUGGCCCAACAACCAGGACCACUUGACCCGACCCACCUGACCUGCCUAACUGCCCAGAUUCAGACAGCGGAGGUCCGUCUGCUUGCCAUCUCCUCAACUAUCUCAUCAAUUUCCCCAAGCCACUAUUCUCACACUGCACCACAAAAUGCCAUAGAUAUCUUGGGAGCACUAGGCGAGUCCUCGAAAUGCUGGCUGGAAAGCUGCUUUAAUGAGAGCGAGAUGCGUAUCAGCUCAGAUGAAGCGUCCGCUACUUACUUUAGAUCUCUCGGCCAACACAUUAUCAGCACAUUCAACUGUAGCUAAUAUGCGGUCAUUUCCAUCCAAAAGGUCUGCCCCUUGUGUUGCUGCUUCUUACGAUCAAGCUAGUGAGUCAGGUAUGUGCCUUUUCAAUGCCCUCAUUUUCUUGAGUAAAUGAAUCCUACAAGAAAUUAAUUAGUGCUGACUUGGCUGAUACUUAUCAGAGACCUACCACUUGAUUCUAAUGAUAGAAAUCGUAAGGGCACUAGUGAUUAUGUCAAACACUCCUUGCAAUAAAUUCAAGAGAAUCAACUAUAUAGAUACUUCUCCUUUAUUUCUAUACUCUAAUAAACCCCCCACUUUCCCAGCAUUCAUUUAUCUUCAAGGAGCCAUAUAUUUAUAUUGUCACAAUGUAUGGUCACCAUACUUGCAUCAUUUUUAGUUAUGCAUCCAUGGGCAAUGAUGUGACCCAUUUUGGUAUAAAAUUGAUAAUAUGAAGAUCUAUGAGAAUGAAUCAAAGUAGAACAAGAUAAAUGAAACAAUAGGUGCAUGGUAUGAUGCGAGGAUGGAGAAAUGAGAGACUCAUGAUGUGCUCAACCUUUUAUUCUCAUGAUUAUGAUGCUGCCUUUCCCUUAUUCAACCUUUUUAGGAAUCAUGUGGUCAUCGUGAUGAAGAUCAAGACUGAAUGGGGGAAAGAUAGCAUCAUAAUUGCGAUUAACAAUUGGUUGAUUGAUUAGCAAAUCAAGUUUGUUCAUCUAGUGACCGAAUUUUUGACCCAUGCAGGGCAGGGCCUUGUAGAUCGAGAUGUCUCUGUGUUUUUUUGGAUGAUUAAUUUAUCAUGCAAUGUAUGGCUCAUGGAAGAGGAGGGAGCGUUGAGAAUGUUCAGAACAUGACAUUUAAGCAAAGCAUGUUGAUGCCAUCUCUAUAUUCAGAUAAUCAAAUUGGCAGAGGUCAUUCGUGAGUCCUCUGUGACAGACCUUUUUGAUCCAUGCAAAAAAAUAGGAGGGGUGUGUGUGUGUGUGUGUGUGUUUAAGCGUAAUGAAGAAGGUUGUUUUUAUCCGGUUUUUACAAUGUUUACUGGUUCGUAGUUACUGAGUUGAUUGCUCUAUAUACUCCCAGGGAGUGCGGUGUACGCGACAACCCUGACGAGUAGGAACAGGCGGCUGAAUAUCUAGUAUGAAUAUGUUCUGGUUUGAACUUAACACGAUAUUUGGAUAAUGUCAGAUAAAUACCUGCAUUUAUACUCAUAUUAAAUUAUGAAAAAUAAUUUUAGUUAGAUGGGUUGCUCUGUGAGAGCAUGGAGCCGAUGUGCAUGCAUGACAAUGCCUCUGCUAUCAAUGGUAGUGCUAACAUUAUGUCUUUUCUUGUGAACAUUUAUCAUAUCGAGAGUUAUGUUGUUCUAUGAAGUUUGCAAAGUUCUAUCUUAGCUACCUCAGAGUUAUCCUCUUUUGUCAAAAAUUAUCUAACUAAAAUUAUUUUUCAUAAUUUAAUAUGAGUAUAAAUGCAGGUAUUUAUCUGACAUUAUCCAAAUAUCGUGUUAAGUUCAAACCAGAACAUAUUGAGACUAGAUAUUCAGCCGCCUGUUCCUACUCGUUAGGGUUGUCGCGUACACCGCACUCCCUGGGAGUAUAUAGAGCAAUCAACUCAGCAACUAUGAACCAGUAAACAUUGUAAAAACCGGAUAAAAACAACCUUCUCCGUUACGCUUAAACACACACACACACACACCCCCCUCCUGUUUUUUUGCAUGGAUCAAAAAGGUCUGUCACAGAGGACUCACGAAUGACCUCUGCCAAUUUGAUUAUCUGAAUAUAGAGAUGGCAUCAACAUGCUUUGCUUAAAUGUCAUGUUCUGAACAUUCCCAACGCUCCCUCCUCUUCCAUGAGCCAUACAUUGCAUCCGAUUUAUUCCUGCAUCCAUGGGCAGCGAUGUUACCCAUUGUGGCAGGAAACUGAAAAGAUGAACAUGGGUGAGAAUCAAUGGAAGUAGACGGAGAUGAGGAAACUAGAAACUUACACUGGGUGCUGCAUGAUAUCACGCGAGGAUGGCGAAAUGAGAGGCUCGUUGUCAUGUGCUCAGCCUUUUGUUCUUUUCCCCCCCUUCAGUCCGGAUCUUCGUCUCCGGAUGACAAGUUGUGAUAAAUAGACUAAAGAUGAGUGUUAGUUAAAACAUCUAGUCAUUACUAAUAAAAUCAUCUUCAAAGUUACCAAGUAAACUUAGCAUACCCUUGUAGGAUUGAUUAUAAUGAGUAAAAAUAUAAGAAUGAUGUACACAUAAUAUAAAAAAAUCUUUAUUUUGGAAUAAAGGGUUGUCAAUUUGUGCCACAUAGGGAAGUCAUAGAAGAACAAAAAAAUCUCCAUUUAAUCAUGAGGCACAAGAUCAUCAAUCAUUGAGUUUAGAAAAAUGUUUCUGGAAAUAUUUGAAACCUCAAUGAUUAGACUGUAUUGUCUUGAAUCCAAAAGCAUUUAUGUGAAUGAGCCUCAAUGAUGGCCCAUUAGCUCUUCAACCCACAAGUCAAGUAAAAUUUCCAAAGACAACAAAAUUAUAUUACUAUUGAAUUUUUCUAUAAAUAUUAUCACAUGCUAGCUGUUAAAUAGGCCAAAAUCAGUUUUUGCACUCCUAAAAAUGAGAUCAACUAACCAAACAACAUAAACUGAAUUAAUAUGAAAAAAAAUAUUGGUCUUAUGAAAAUCACAUGUUAUCGACACAAAUUGACCUCAUUUGAAUGCAUUUUGGGUAUAGAACCCAUUUGAGGCCUUUCAACCUUUGUGGUCUACAUUUUUAUGUUUUUCAACAACUUUGGUCAGCAAUCACCAAUCAGGGACAUUUCUGGUUGCCUAGAGUUGUAUGUUAAAUCAAUUUUUCCUACUUGAAUUUUUUUUACUCUUGACUCUCCAUGUGGCGUCACAUAGUAGUCAUCAAUCUCAACCACAUUAAAGGUUGAACCUAUAAUUAUUUUUGGAGGUAAAUAAAGUACAUAUGUAUUGUUCUAAUCAUUUGUAAAAAUUUUAAUGGCACAGAUUUCCUAGGGUUCAACUUUUCAAAACUAUCAAUUGAGAACCCUUUUUCCUCAAGUGCUAAAUGGCCAAAUUGCCUACUUUAUAAAGCUUAUCUUGUUUUUUAUUUUAAUUACUUUCAUUGGGUGACAACCGGUUUAAUAUACUUGAUGAAAUGAAAUGAUUUAAGCACUUUUAUUGUAUAAUUAGCUGGAAUACUUGUCCUUUCAGUUUUUGGUCUAGGGAGAAAAUUGAAGGAAAUUGUUGAAGGAAAAUGGUUAAAUAUUAAAAAUGGAGAAAUAUUUUCAGAUCAAUUGACCAUACAAUUGUAUACAAACUAUGGGGCUCAAGAAUAAGUUCUAUCACUUUGGUUUAUGCAACAAAUCAAAUUACGAAAGAUUUUGUUUAGAAUCUCAAGUUGAUCUAAAAGCACUCACUACACAUAUUAAAGAUUUUGUAAUUCUAGUCUAAUUGAAUACCGCAUAGCGAUUUUUCAACUCAUACAGUAAUUAAAAAUCUAAUAAAACUAAUGAGACUAUUACUAUUCCUUUAUAAUAUAAAGUGAUUUAAAUUGACAUUUACUGGUGUCCUAGAUUCAAACUUUCAAUCUAUAUGAAAUUUAAUGUAUUAAUUUAUCACAAUGGUAACUACAUAUUUUAAUCUCCAUUGUCAAUGAAGAAGCAUACUUGACACAACAAGUAUGUUGGCAUAUUCCUUUUGACUAAAAAUGCACUUGAUACAUUGUUAUUGAAUGUUGUUCUCUCUAUAUAUCAUUUCAACUUCAUCAAACAUUUCUAAAAAUAAAUCCAAAUUAUGUCGGAACAUUGUGGAGGACCUCGCUUCUAUUGCUCUAUAAAAUAAAAAAUUGAAGAAACUUAUGUAUUUCUAAUGUUAAAAUAAAUCAUGUUUUAUGAAGUUUGCAAAGUUCUAUCUUAGCUACCUCAGAGUUAUCCUCUUUUGUCAAAAAUUAUAUGUACCAGAUCUACGUAGAGCAUGAAGCCAGCUUCAGUAACGAUCAUACCUUUAAUAUACGUACCAGGCAUUUGGUCAACGAGGAUGUUAUAUAUAAAUAUAUGUACGAGGUGGGUCCCAUUUUGCUUUUGAGAAGGGAAUCUCCUCGAUUCUGGGAACUGUUGACGUGGUAGGCCCAGCCAGCCCUUCACGCGAGCGUCCGGAGGUCUUCAUACCUUCUAGUACCGAACUAACCGCUCCGCUUCAUACAGCAGAACCCGAUAUGAAUUUUAUAUACGCAGAGAUCCCCACAUGCAGAGAGAGGGGACUAUUUCUCACCCCCCCGGGGGUUUAAGGGAGCGGGGGGCUCUUUCAAGAUCUACGGUUGUACCCAGCCGUUGACUUCCUGCUUGUUGCCGGCUUUCCUCCUCCGUUGCCUGUGCAACCACCUGCGGCUUUCCUCACCUGCCCAUAUGUUAUUUCCCGCCCUCUGCAUGCGGCUGGCUCUAACAGAGACGCAGAGAGAGAGAGAGAGAGAGAGAGAGGCAGGGCCGUGCUUCGUCCCCUGUUCCUCUCCGGCGGCAGGCCAUUGGCGGGAGCGGGGCUGCACUGGGCGCGAGGUUCCCCUCGUUUUUCCUUGGGGGGUCGAGGCGAGAAGAUGGACUUGGAAGAAUGUGACGCGCGAUUGACGCCCAGGUUUGUAGAUCGGGUUAUCUAGGGAGUUUUCUGUGUCAGAGUGCUCUGCAAUGAUCUCUGUUGUUCGUACCUGUUGGGUUCCGCGGUUCAUCCGUUCAUCAAUUAGUCCGAGUUUUUUUCUAUUAGAAUUUGAGUCGUGGUCGGUGGACCGCAUUGAGUGCGCUCCGAGGAUUUCGUUUCUCGUUUCGCUGUCUGCUUCUCCCAACGGCAUUCGGCUCUCUUCUCUUCGCGCUAGUCUAAGCAGAUCUGCAGUGACCUUAGAACCAUCCACCGAGGUCGCGAUGAGCCUCCCCCAGAGGUCCUUGCGGGAAGUAUGAGUACCUCGAUGAGUUCCGCGUGAUGGAUCCACUGCCGUCCGGUUCCUCAUAAUUACAGACGGCUCUUCCCAAACUAUCAUGAUAAUUCAUCGACUCAUCUACUUGGCCUCUUCGAUGAUUUUCAGCCAACUCUUUGAAUGGGAAACAGAGGGCUGCGGUCUGCUGACAGAGUGGAACGGUGAGCAGCCUGAUAUAGCUGCAUCCUCUGCCGGACUUACCUCUCUGUCAGUACGAUUUUUUCUCUAAGAUUCAGACUCUUUCCUGGGUAGGCAUCCCACACUACCUGCUGGACGGGACGAACUAUCAUGAGCGGUUCGGCAUGCUCGGGGACUGCACAGAUUUUGGCUGCGCAGUUUCUGACAGCGGAGGUACUGAACGGAAGACUAUGAACAAAAUGUAUGUCAUCCAUUUUGGUCCUAUUUGACGGAGGAGUGUGGGUUCCAGGCACGGCGAAGGACAGUGCAGAUGGGUCUGCCGAGUCGCCGCAGCUGAAAAGGAGGCGCAUGCUGCAGUGCAACCAUGACGACCCUGUUGAGAUCAUUUGCGCCGGCCCUUCUUCAGAGUUCUUAAAUCCCAAGGUGGGUCAACGAGAUGCGAAGUCGUCAGUCAGUCUCUGGGUGAUGCCAAUCUGUGAAUAUCUUACCUCACAAAAAAGAUGCCUUUUCGUGAUCGUGUAGACCGGAGAAGAGGCAACGAUGGGAGAAGAUAAAACGAGAGAGGAGGAGCAGUGGGACACUGAAUUAUUGGGUUCGUCUGCUUGCCGCCUCCUUCCAGUGAAGCUGACAUACGCUCCUUCCAUUAAAUUCAGAGGUAUCAAAGAUACUCAUAUACCGCCCCUUUAUUUUUACACUCUAACCCCGAUUUAUUACUUACAUCACGUGUUGAUCAGGGAGGCCAUCAUACACGAAGUUCCCAACAACGACGGCUUCUACCGUCGCUUAUCCCUUCACGCUGAUUAAGCCAUGCGGUGCCCGAGGGGAGGUAACUUUGGAAGAAAUAAACCAAAUACUUCGUACAGUAAGAAGGCCUUAA